UCUUAUUAAUUAGCUCUACCAAUCCAUCCGACUGUGGGUACAACGCUGUAGUUCUAGUUUUCUUCAUGUUUAGUCUAUCACAGAUUCCUUGGAAGAGCUGGCUUUUAAAAUGUCUGCCAUAGUCACUGCAGAUCUCCACGGGCACUCCAAAUUAACUGAUAAACCCUCUUAUCAACACGUUUGCAACAGUUAUACAUACAUGGAAAAAUGGAAACCUAACCUAGAAACUUUUUGCUCCUGGUUAAACGGUUUUCAAAAAAUCCGGAAGGUAUAUGGUGCCUAAAUAUUUGGAAAAGGACGGAAAGUUAAAAUAUUAUUAAUUAAUGAUAUGAAAUAGUGUUGUUUUGUUAACUCAAAUAUUUUGUGUAUCACGCUGUAAAUCAACCCACAACAUCAGAGAUAUAAGUGAAAGUAGAUCACAGCUCAAACAGACUCUUUUAGAAUCUGGUUUUUCGACUUUUGCCAUUCCAAAAUCAAAUAUAGUUUUAGUCCGAUCUUGGUGAAAGAAACAACAAAACCACAAAAAAAACAAAAAUAUUUCCAUCUAAUUGCCCUACUUGCUUCAAUAGAAUUUAUUAGAUUUUUGAUAGGUAGUUUAGAAAUAUUUGGAAUAUUUUUUUUUUUUUGAAAAUGUACACACAGUUGAGUUCCAUUCUAAUACUUUCUUUGGUAUUGGGAGUGAACAGUUUUCCAGAUGGGGCGCCGAUUGACGCUUGCGUUAAACCAAGGGUAAAUCAGCCCUACCAUGGACAGGCCAGGCCUCAGCCCGCUGAAAGCAGUCCAUUCCAGAUAUUGCAAACUAGCGCUGAGUACGGCCCUGGAAGUCAAAUUACAGUGACUAUUCAUGGAGCGGCAAACUUCAAAGGGUUUCUGAUUCAAGGACGCGACGUUGCAACCAAUGAAUGGAUUGGAAGUUGGUUGGAAACUCCGAAUACUAAAAUACACCCCGAAUGCAGCGCUAUCACACAUGCAGAUCCCAAACCUAAACAAUCUGCCACCUUGAUAUGGCAAGCCCCACAUGGCGCUAGAGGGCAGGUCUAUUUCACGGGUACGGUACUCAAGGAAUAUUCGGAGUUCUGGUCAAAUUUGGUCUCACAAGUAGCGGGUUAAGAGACUAAAGUAUUUG